CAUCGAGUUCCAUUGUUCACAAUCUUUUUCCUUUCUUUUUCUUCUUCUGUCGAUUCUCCUCUCCCCUUAGAGUCCUUCGUCCUCCUCAUCCUUGAGAAUCCCCUUGUUGCUGUUGCUGUUGCUGUUUGCUGCACUUGCUCCUCCUUCCAACGUAUAAUACAUAUACGAUGUUGUUAUCGAUAUAUCGUAUUUUCAUUCUCACUGUUUCAGUCGUUCUCGCUCAAUCCAGCGAUUCCCUCUUGGGUCCUCCUCAAACCAAUGGAACUUGGAAAGCAGGUCACGUCGCUGUGUAUGUUGAUCCUCAUGUCAUCAUCUACGGCGGUACAGACAGUGACAAUCCGACCACCCCCGUUCAUGGCUCCACGAGUUUGUGGGCAUGGGAUUCACGCAAUGGGUCGUGGUACCAACCUCAAGCACAGACAAUGGCCACCAUGUUACCCCAAGUGUUCUUUGGAGCAACCAGUUUACCGAGUUCAGGACAAUUACUAGCCAUCGCCAGCAAUACCACUCAAGGAGGUUCAGCUGGUAUGCUUCAAAAAUUGGACACCAACAGUUGGACGUGGAGUUUUCCUUCGUUAUCCGUCGACCCACCCGCUCGAUCCACAGGAUUCAGCACACUCAGAGUGAACAAUACCAUCUACACAUAUGGAGGAGUCGCCGUCGAUGCCAACGGCAUGCCCAUGAGCAAUGCCGUUCUCAACAGUCUCAAUCUCAUGGACGCCAACACAUUUCAAUGGACCACGGGAAGUAACGGAGCCGGUAUCACCGACCAUUCAACUUGUUACUUACCGGCUUGCAAUUGUCUGGUGACUUUUGGAGGAACGGCCACGGGAAAUCCAAACGACGCCACUCAAAAUGUACAUAUUUACGAUUUAGCACGCAAAGGGUGGAGUUUGCAGGUUUCCGUAGGCUCAGUCAAUGGAGCCAUGCCGGGAGCUCGUCGAUUACAUACGGCCACUUGUCUGAAAGAUAAAAUGAUCGUCUUUGGCGGUGGUACAGGCCAGCCUUAUGAUUCCGAUGUGUGGGUAUUAGACGCCACUCGUUACCCAACCUUGACCUGGGAACGCAAAGACAUGGCAAAUAAAAGUAACGGACCCAAUUCACGCAUGGGUCAUUCCGCUGUUCUUGACGAAAAAAAAGAGAAAAUCUAUAUUUAUGGAGGAUGGGGGGUGAGUGCCAAUCACGAUACAGCCAUGUACGUUCUUGACCCUGUCGCUUGGAGUUGGACACGCGUGACGACGACGGGAUAUUCACCAGACGGCCAACCUUCCGAUCCAAACCCCCCUUCGCCAUCAUCACAAACUGGUCAUAAAUCAAACCAAGCAGGCAUUAUUGCCGGCUCCGUCAUCGGUGGGUUGGCUGCUCUUGGAGCAGCGUUGGGAGCCUUCUUUUUUAUUCGACGAAAACGACGACAAAACAACAACAACGACGACAGUGUUGUCGAAAAAGUCGACAACUACGAUGAUCACUAUGGAUACGACAAUUACUAUUAUAACGAACAACGUCACUCUUCGGGCAAAAUGCACGCCAACGAUUACGUGUCGAAUGACAGUAAUACCUUGCUCCCGUAUCCCUAUAAACGCACAUCAAAAGCAUGGACGAACCAUUCCCGAGAUUCUUUCGGUCGACCGGCCGAGAUUGGUGACACAGGUCGUGUGCGUUCAGCAACGCUGGAAAUGAUUCCUGGUCCACGUCACCCAAACCCGAAUGACGCACGAGCCAGCAAAGAUUCAUUCCGAGUCAGUAAAUGUUUGCUCAUGCCACCGCCCUUGCUCGAUGACAAUGCACAAGGGCAAGUACCCAAUGAAGUGACGCAUCAAAAACCAAACGAAUUUUCCGUACCUGCCGCGAAAUUUGCCGCACAGCACAACCCGGAAGUCUCAGUGAAGCAUUACACAACGACGAGUCCCACGUCGCCUACCGCCACAGACGCUGGAGCCCCACUUAGCUGUAGCAUGGAAGUUUUGCGAAGUAUCAAAACAAACGACAGUGCACUCGUGGCAGGACCGCGUACCACUCGUGUUUUUCACACCGCAUCGUCGUCGUCACCCACCUUGGAAGUGGAAGAAAGACCCGAAGACGAAGAUAAAUGGACCAUUCCAGAUUCAAUGUCACUCAAUGUCAGUCCUCCCACCGCAAUACAAUACAUCCCAGCCAAUAAACAGUUUAGUAUUGCCACCACUGCCACCGAAUCGGCCAGCGGCACCACCUGGAACCAGAAAGGCACCAAAUCGGCUGUCCCUCUCACGCAUCAUCAAUACCCAUCCUCCAACGUCAGCGUGCCUAUGGCGAGACCUGUUACACCGCAUACAAAUGACGUGCAUGAAUUACCCACGAACGGUUAUCCUCCUGGUCACCCCAACGAUGUCAGUCUCUACGAAUCGGUGAGUCCGCUCGAAAUGUUGGCUACCUUGGGGCGUUCCAGUGGCAUAGCGGCUUCCUCAUCAGAACACAGCGAGCAGCACAGCUCUGUUUACGAAGAUCGUCAUGUGUCUCCAAACAUGACACGGAGCACGACGACCAAAGAAUCCUCUGUCACUUCCAGUCAAGACGCUUCCGAUAGCACCACACGCAGUCGAUUGGCUGCUGUUGCACCACUGAUCAGUAUGAUGCCGCGCCUUUACAAGAUGGACACUUUGCGUGCACCUAUCCUGGGCCCUACGAACAAAAUUCUGUUUGUGUACAAACUGUCUUCUUCGACUAAUACAGAUGAACCGAGUUCCCCUGGCUCCAAGGCUGUCAUUAAAUCAUUUGGACGACGUGAAGCAUGGGAACGCGAAUGCCGCACACUGACAAAACUCAAUUCGAGAUACGUUGUUAAACUGCUCGAAGUAUUGACCAUUGAGGACGAAAGCAUGCGCGGGCAUCAGCCUUCAUCCAAUGGAAGGGCGAGUUACAAACAAGGCGACGAUGAUCAGCAUAUCCAUUAUGUCACAGCAAUGGAACAGCUCGACGAAACCCUGGCGACCGUUCUUCGACGAGCACGACAUGAGCCCGAAGCGUGGACAGAUCAUGUGAAACGUUCCAUUGCACGGAAUAUUGUCGAAUGCUUGGUCUGGUGUCAUUCUCAAUACAUUGCAUUCUGUGAUUUAAAACCAAGCAAUAUCAUGCAUAAUGUGGGCCAACCAUGGAAAUUGAUUGAUUUUGAAGCCUGUCGUACCAUUGGCGAAGAAUGCGUCGGCGUCAUCACACCACGUUAUUGCCCACCGGAAGUGGCAAGAGCAACCACCUACGGUCUUGAAGGUGCCAAUGGCGUUGUGGCUACAGCCAGUGUCGAUCUUUGGGCACUUGGCUGCGUCAUUUAUGAACUGGAAACCAAACAACCCUUAUUUGCAAACAAUAUCAAGGAUGAGACAAUCCUCCACUUUAUAUCCCAUCCUGCACCAUCAACACCCAUUUUAAAUAACGGUUUACGAUGGAACGAUGCCAUGGAACUAGAAAUUCCGCACCUUGAACGACAAAUUCCCAAUACCCUUACUCGUCGCCUCAUACAAACCCUUCUCAGUCGCGAUCCAUCCGAUCGCGGAUCAGCCCACCAAUUACUGGACCAUCCAUACUUUCAGGUCUAGGCACUCAAGUCAUUUUAUUAGCCAACCAUUUGAUUUUUCUUUUUUGAUUCCAUUCCCCUUUUCUUUCUUUUCUUUCAGUUUGUGCUUUUGUUCUUCAUUUGUGAUUUCUCUGCAACCAUCAUCAGCGUAAAUAGUAUAUCAACUUUAAAUAGUGCUUUAAUCUUGCAGAGAAGCGUUUGUGUAAUGUUAUGCUAGUUUAUCACCAGCUUUUACCAAAAGCUUGGGCUGCGGAAUUUUUGAAUUCGUGCAUGACUGUGACUGUUUACUUAAUUUAGUGGUCAUGCAAGGCGCCAUCGAAAACGCCAGAACACCAACCCCCCCCCCCCAAAAAAA